CCCUGGCGGCUAAACUGUAACCACACCUGAUACUACACUAGGUAACUACACUUGUCACUUAACAACUAAAAUUUUACACUUAUUUUGAUUAGAUAGAGUUUUUAUGAUUAGUUUUGUUUAGUUCUACUCAGCUUUUGCAAGCCUUUAAAUAGAAGGAAACAUAUAAGACGUAAAAACAAAGGUUAAAAUAUGGGAGGUUAGACUUGUACGGUAAUACGCGUUUGAAAAGUUGGCCACCCUGGGGCAACAGUGCUGACAGCCAUCUUUGUUUUCAUGAUCAGUGCAUAUAUCGCUUACUCAUAGUUUUCCGUCGAAUAUCGGGGUUUUAAAGCAGAAUUUAGUGCAAGAUGUUGCUGAAAAGUGUGGUGAUUCUUCUGUGCGUAUCUUGCGCGUUUGCCGUAGACGUGGCUCUUCCUCCACAACCGCCCAAUAUAACAAUUAGUCCUAUACCAGCGCCUACAACUCAAAAACCUACUACAACCAGCUCAUCGUUACCGACUACUAUUACACCAAAGUCUACAACUACUACAACCCCAACAACCCCAACAACCUCGACCACGCACACCCCACCCACAACGCCCACUACACCCACUCCAAAACCCACUCCAAAACCCACGCCCAAACCUGCAGACAAGCCGGCACUCAACAACUACACCGGGAACUACACAGGUUCAAAUAAUAUCUGUUUGUUGGUUAAAGUGGCUAUUCAGCUGGAAGUGCUGAGCAAUAAAACUUCAUCCAAGGUGAAUGUUCCGGAAAAUGUCAAGUACACGGCAGUGUGCCCGUCCAACUCCAGUGAGCAGCUCACGGUUGUUUGGGGAGAAAACAACACCAUUUCCUUUGGAUUCUUCAAGGAAGGCAGUCAGUACGAGAUCAAAUCCAUUAAUGCCACUUUGACCUCAGCUGAUGGCAACGCAACGAACUAUUUCCAUGAGAAGUCCGAGUUUUCGGUACCAGACAAGCUGUCUUACUACUGCAUGAAGGAUCAGGCCUUGAACCUCACCGAUGGACAGAGCAACGUGACCUUGGCUAAGGUGCACCUCAGCAGCUUCCAGUACCAGGCCUUUAUGAACACAACCAGUGCUUCGUAUGCUUCAGUUUGGGAUUGCGACGGAGCCAACACGUCCGACGUCGUGCCUGUAGUGGUCGGGUGCGUACUGGUGAUUCUGGUGGUUCUGGUUCUGGUCGUCUACCUUUUCGGACGUCGCAGAUGCCAAGCUCGUGGUUACCUCUCAAUGUUCGCCGAUGAACGAAGCGAAAGCGACUACAUUCCUAUGAAAACACUGUCCUGCUUUAAGUAAGGCGUCCUGGUUGUUUCCAAUCUUUGUUCCUUAUGCUACUUUUGAUAUUAUUAUUAGGCUGACGACAUUGAGAUGAUCUGGGGGAUUUUCCAAUUCGUUAUCUUAAAUGUUCUUAAACUUUUCUAUGGAUGGUCCACCAAACGCGCCCGGAAAGUUAACGCAUGCUUCGAUACCGUCAAUGUCAAUGUCAUUGGGUGACGUUGCGCUGAACUAAUGACAUUUUUCAAUCAGUAAUUAGUCAAAAAAAUGACGUUCUUUGCCUUUUCAGUAACGUCAAGGCAUGAAUGACGUCAAUCAAGAGAAGCCAAUGCUUUAGCUUUCCUUUAUAGUUGUGUUAUUUUUAGUUUUUAUUGUUCAAGUCUAACGUUUGUUUUUGGAUUGACCAUCCAGCACAAUUUAUCGUUUUACUUACCUUAGUUUUAUCUGAUUUACCUCGACAAAAGCCAGUGCAUUGCACAGUUGGGAUGUCGACGUUAGCCAAAGAACUCCCUGCAACUGUACAAUGCUGUAACUUUAGAGGCCAUUUUUAUACAGGGUGCCCCAUAUUUGAUUACCAUGGGAGCGGGAGGUGGAAAAAGGCAUUUGAGGCAAAUUAGUUGAAAACACUGGAUCUGUAAAAGGCAUUAAAUUUUUUUAAUAGUUUUUUCUUGAAUACUGAGAAAAAUUUUCAAAAAUUUCGUUUUUAUGGCGGACUUUAUAGCUGUUUUUGGGUAUAUUUACUAGGUAAUAAUUUUAUUAUAGUUACCUAAUAAAAAGUAACUCUAAAAAAGUAAGAAAAACCUGCUGCAACUUGAAAGCCAUUUGAAAAAUAAAAAUUUAGCUCAACAAUUUGGUUGCCUGCCUUUUACCAUCCCUUGCUCUGUGUUGGAUUAACUAGGAGCCAUCCUGUAUAUGCAAGGUGUCCCGUAGGCAUAUGAUCAAAAGGGCACUGCGACGUUCUUUGGCUCAAAAGAAGACGAUCUCACUUAAGUUUUGUUAAGAAAAAAUGUCUGGAUCAUCUGCUAUUGAUAACUGAAGCUUUUUGAAGAAGUGUUUUGGUACAAAAACUGCCAGAACUUUAUUUGGAAGCUGGAAUCAACUGAUUUUUUUGAGUGGAUUGAAUGGAUUUUUCUUAUUAAGGCAGGUCAGAUCGUUUUCCUUUGAGCCAAAGAAUGUCGCAGUGCCCUUUUGAUCACGUGCUUUGGACACCCUGUAUUUAUAUCACUAAUUUCCUGUAAUUCUCAUUGAGGAAUCUCGCCCGAUCUCUGGCAAAACCCGUCUGAUUAAGGGAGGAAUUGUGAUAUUAGAUUGAUAAGUAAUGACUGUCGCAUCGAAUGGCUUUGUGUCAGGUUGUGUUUUUUGUCAAGGCAACGAAAUAAGUGUUAAUGUUUCAAGUGAAAAUAGAGACGUUUCUCUGCG